AUGGCAAACGCUACACUUGACUACGGAUAUGCCCACACUUUUCACGUUCGCUCCGAUCCUGAAUAUGUUGAUCCUAGUCUGGUGCCCUUAUUUGCCUCUGAAGAUGUCACCCAAAAGUACUUUGCCGUAGCCAUGUUGACUGUAUUAGUCUAUAAUGCUUUCACAAAUAUGGACAAGGAGAUUCGAUACUUCUGGGUGAGUUUAAUAUUCGUUUUCAUAAAUCCGUGGCUUAUGACAAAACAAAGCGCAAUCCGUGGUGCCCUACAAGUCUGA